AGCUCGAGGAGCGGUCGAAAAACAGCUGUGCGAGCGCCCACAAUGCAAUUCGGUCGCCUUCACGGGCUCGUGCUUUGAUUUUUUUUUCGGUAUAUACACACACACACACACACACACAUAUAUAUAUAUAUAAAGCGCGUCCGCGAUGGCUACGCGAAAUAAACCCGGACCGAUGGGUGUGUAAUAAUAAUAUGCACCUCAGCAGCACGGCGGACACACGGCCACGACCGGACCAGCCUCAAAAUGAGCACCGGCUUCAGCUCCAACUCCUGCCGGUUCGCGGAUUACUUCGUUAUCUGCGGACUCGACACCGAAAGCGGGCUGGAACCAGACGAGCUGUCCGCUUUAUGCCAGUAUAUACAAGCUUCUAAAUUCAAAGAGGGUGCCCAAGGAAAGUUGGCGAUUGCACGUGAAGGUGAGAAUUUUGAGCAGAGUCCACUGCGGAGAACAUUUAAAUCCAAAGUUCUAGCUCAUUACCCCGAGAAUGUGGAGUGGAGUCCGUUCGACCAGGAUGCAGUGGGCAUGCUCUGCAUGCCCAAGGGCCUGUCUUUCCGCACUCAGGCAGACUUACGCGAGCCCCAGUUCCACUCGUUCAUCAUCACACGUGAGGACGGCUCACGCACCUACGGCUUUGCGCUCACCUUCUUUGAGGAAGUGACCAGCAAGCAGAUCUGCAGUGCCAUGCAGACGCUCUACCACAUGCACAAUGCCGAGCAGCAACAUGAUACCCAGCCACGCCUGCAGCGCUUCGACUCUUAUGACAUCGGUCGCGACACGCUGUUUGUGUCCAAAUGCAUCUGCCUGAUGGCACCCAUGGCCUUCGCACAGGCGAGUCGCAAAAUCCUCCAGCAGCUGCACCAGGCCGUGACGUCUGCACAGCCUCCACCGCUGCCACUCGACAGCUACGUGUACAACAUCCUGUAUGAGGUGCCGCUGCCACCUGCUGGCCGUUCGCUCAAAUUCUCAGGCGUCUAUGGGCCUGUGGUGUGUCAGCGCCCCAGCUCUGCUGAGCUGCCACUCUUCGACUUCCCCAUACGAGACGUUAUCGAGUUGCUCGGCGUCGAAAACGUGCUGCAGCUGUUCACCUGCGCUCUGCUCGAGAUCCAGAUCCUGCUCUACUCACAACAUUACCAGCGGCUGAUGACCGUGGCCGAGAGCAUCACGGCUUUAAUGUUCCCAUUCCAGUGGCAGCACGUCUACGUGCCCAUCCUGCCCGCCUCGCUGCUGCACUUCCUUGAUGCGCCCGUGCCUUACCUCAUGGGCCUACACUCCAACGGCCAGGACGACCGCACCAAGCUGGAACUGCCUCAGGAGGCCAAUCUGUGCUUCGUCGACAUUGACAACCACUUCAUUGAGCUGCCUGAAGAUUUGCCACAGUUUCCCAACAAGCUGGAGUUCAUCCAGGAGAUCUCAGAAGUUCUGAUGGCAUUUGGUGUGUCCCCAGAAGGAAACGUGCACUGCAGUGAAGGCUCGAGUAAGCUAAAGGGCUUCCGUGCGGCAGACAUGGCUUCGGACAAACGCAAUGGGAACCUGGCUGGCUCUCCGCUGAACUCCUACAUGCUGAGGGAGAACGAGACCAUUGCACGGCUGCAGGCCCUGGUCAAGAGAACCGGAGUCAGCCUGGAGAAGCUGGAUGUGAAAGAGGACUCAGGCACAAAUAAGGAUAUGAAGAUGCAGUGUGAUGAAGAGGAGCUGAAGAUGCACCAGCUGAACAUUCGUGUGCGGGAAGUUUUCGCCAACCGUUUCACACAGAUGUUUGCCGACUACGAGGUCUUUGUCAUCCAGCCCAGCCAGGACAAAGAGUCCUGGUUCAGUAACCGGGACCAGAUGCAGAACUUCGACAAGGCCUCCUUCCUGUCUGACCAGCCGGAGCCCUACCUGCCCUUCCUGUCCCGCUUCCUGGAGACGCAGAUGUUUGCUUCUUUUAUCGAUAGCAAGAUCCUGUACCACGACGACGAGGACAAAGAGCACACGCUGCGAGUGUUUGACAGUCGUGUGGAAAAGGUGCGGCUGCUGAACGUCAGGACACCGACACUGCGCACCUCCAUGUACCAGAAAUGCACCAACAUUGAAGAAGCAGAGAAGGCCAUCGAGAUGCGGCUCUAUAAGAUCGACCACACGGCUGUGCAUCCACACCUGCUGGACAUGAAGAUCGGGCAGGGCCGCUACGAGCAGGGCUUCUUCCCCCGACUGCAGUCCGAUGUGCUCGCCACCGGACCCACCAGCAACAAGUGGACUAAGCGCAGUGCUCCUGCACAGUGGAGAAGGAGGGACAGACAGAAGCAGCAUGCAGAGCACCUUUAUCUGGACAACGACCAGCGAGAGAAAUACAUCCAGGAGGCUCGUAACCUAGGCACCACCAUCCGCCAGCCCAAACUGUCCAACCUGUCCCCUUCUGUCAUCGCUCAGACCAACUGGAAGUUUGUGGAGGGUCUGCUGAAGGAGUGCAGGAAUAAGACAAAGCGCAUGCUAGUGGAGAAGAUGGGCAGGGAGGCAGUGGAGCUCGGUCACGGUGAGGUCAGCAUCACUGGUGUGGAGGAGAACACACUCAUCGCAAGCCUCUGUGACCUGCUGGAGAGAAUCUGGAGCCACGGGCUGCAGGUUAAACAGGGGAAAUCUGCCUUGUGGUCGCACCUGCUGCAUUAUCAGGAGAGCAAAGAGAAGAGAGAUGCCACACCAGCCGGCUUAGGGCCUCCUGGUCUCAUUCAUGACACAGAGAGGCGGAAAUCAGAUGCCAGCUUCGCAAUGCCGCCUCUUAAAGUCUCUUUGAUUGAGGACAUGAGGCACAUUCAGAACAUUGGAGAGAUUAAGACAGACGUAGGGAAGGCCAGAGCCUGGGUGCGUCUCUCCAUGGAGAAGAAACUGCUGUCCAGACACCUCAAACAGCUCCUGUCUGAUCACGAGCUCACCAAGAAGCUCUAUAAGCGCUAUGCCUUUCUGCGCUGCGAUGACGAGAAAGAACAGUUUCUCUAUCAUUUACUGUCUUUCAAUGCCGUCGAUUACUUCUGCUUCACCAACGUCUUCACCACAAUCAUGAUGCCGUAUCAUGUGGUGGUCAUUCCUAGUAAGAAGCUGGGUGGUUCCAUGUUCACAGCUAACCCCUGGGUGUGUGUGUCGGGGGAGCUGGCUGAAACUGGAGUACUCCAGGUGCCGAAAAACACUCUGGAGAUCACUUUUGAGUGCCAGAACCUGGGCAAGUUGACCACAGUGCAGAUGGGCCAUGAUAACUCAGGAUUGUACGCCAAGUGGCUGGUGGAGUGUGUUCUGGUCCGAAAUGGGAUCACAGGACACACUUACAAGUUUCCAUGUGGCCGCUGGCUGGGAAAAGGCGUGGACGAUGGCAGUUUGGAAAGGAUUCUAGUGGGAGAGUUGGUGACUGCAGGCUCAGAGAAUGAUGACAGGAUGUGUCGCACUCCUCCCAUGCAGCAGUCGCCUGGGAUGAUGCGCCGAUUCGUUACCAUCUCACCAAAUAGCAAACCAAAGCUGAACACGGGGCAGAUCCAGGAGGGGGUCGGAGAGGCAAUUAAUGGAAUCGUAAAACACUUCCAUAAACCAGAGAAAGAGAGAGGAAGUCUGACUCUUCUUCUCUGUGGAGAAUACGGUCUGGUCUGGGCUCUCGAGCAGGUGUUCCAGCACGGCUUCAAGUCACCACGCCUCUUCAAGAACGUCUUUAUUUGGGAUUUUCUGGAAAAGGCGCAGGUUUACUUUGAAAGUGCCGAGCAGAGUCAGGUAACUCAGGAUGAAAACUAUCAGACGAGGGUGCGCCAUUUCUGCCGCUUCAUGCGCGCCAUCAGCAGCACCCCCAGAAACAUUGGCAAAGAUGGAAAGUUCCAGCUGCUCGUGUGCCUCGGAGCCAGAGAUCACUUGCUUCACCACUGGAUAGCUCUGCUGGCUGAUUGUCCCAUCACAGCACAGAUGUACGAGGACAUGGCACUGCUAAAAGACCGUUCUCUAGUGAACUCUUUGAUCAGAGUGUUACAGACUUUGCAAGAAUUCAACAUUACUCUGGAGGCAUCUCUCGUCAAAGGGAUUGGAAUAUAAAACCUUGCCCUCCUGCUCCUGUGAAGUAGAAGAAGAAAGACAUAAUCCAGGCAGAUCAGCGUGGACCAUGGACUAUUUGGCGUUUUUUUUUUUUCUUUCUUUUUUUUUUUUUACAUGAAGAGACUUGAACAAAAGAACUACACCUGGCUUACAUUAAAGCUACUGUCAUGUUAGCCGUAUAUAAAGUGCAAUGAGCCUUUUCAAAACGUGUCAUUAUUUUUAUCCUCGACGCUGUCGCUGUUAGACAUUUAAGAUAUGUUUUGUAUUAUGAUCCCACCUGUAUAGCCCACCUGUGCUAUACUGUUUUAAUCAAAAGCUCAAUAUUUUCAUUGCUAUUGUGAACUCCUGGCGACAGCUGUAUUUAAAAAAGGAGAGCAAGGAAGAAAAAAGGGUAAUAUAUUUUCGAAGAAGAGCAGUAUUAUUUUGAUAUGUCUGUCACGUUGCUUGCUCUGUGGUCUAUCUAAUCCAUACUGUCACAAUGCAGAGUGAAAAGCAAAUGAUGUAGAAGUAUGCUUUAUAAGUAUAACUCAUGGGAAUCUCAUAUUUUAAUUAAAACACACACAAAAAAACAAGAAAUUAGCUCUUGUUUUUUUUUCAAACCAGGGGACUUAAAUCGAAACGUAUGCAAAUCUCCACGAGCACAUGCUGAGAUUAGACUAUGUUAGAUGAUAGGGUGCAUAAAAAGGAUGACAAAGUGUAUUUUAUGAAUGAGAAAGUAGAAAAAAAAACAUUCAGACCUCUUAAAACCAUUUUAAACAACUUUCCAGUUAACUCACACAUUUUCAUAGCCAGAAUUCUCUCAGUGUAACCAGUGUAUCCCUAUUAGAUAAAAUAUGACAUCAGUUCAUCAUAUUUUUUAACCCUCAGGUCUGCACAUCAGCCAGUAGUCAUAGCCCAGAGACAUUGAGGGUUUUAUUGGCCUCCAUGAAAGCCCAAAGCUCAGCGUCAUUUGUUUCUGCUAUGCAAUAUUUACAUCUCCAUGAAGCCUCCACUGAUACACAGUACAAUACACUGACAGAACAGAGGCUUUGUCCAGAUGUUCUAGUGUAGCAUAUGAUGUGUAGUCCAGAAGCUUCUGAAGUUUUCUGGCAGUCUCCACACCAAAAUGCUCUAAAACUGCAUCAUUUGUCUCUUGGUACAUUUUAGACAGGACUGUGUAAGGUAGUGUUUAAUAAUUGAGCAACAGUGUACAGUGUAUAAAAUGUAUUAAAAGUGAGAAUUCCA